AUUGCCACUGUAAAAGUAAAUUUCGUCCAAAAUGGCGACCAAGUCAGGGACGAUGAGCGCUCCACGUCACAAUCAAAUACAGUAUUAUUUGCAAGGUUCUGUUCCUUCUAGCAACCUAGAUUCAUUGAUUCAAAGACUUAAAGGUCUAUGUGAAAUGGCAGCUGAAUCGGAUAGUGUGUUUGAAGAUCACGAAAUGGUUUAUAACUUGAAAGGAGGAUCAAGCAAUGUCACUUUCAGAGUGAGAAGGUCUAUUCUUGCUCCAAAUGCACUCUGGCAGUUGUGCUACCUAGGAAGCCCAGAAGGUGGAGGUGAUAAGACAAGACAGGCCUCGAUGAGAACAUGUGUUGAGGUGGCUGCAAGUGAUAAUGUGUCACUGUUCCUUGAAGAAAUUGGAUUUAGGUUUGAUCAUGAGCUUGUUUUGAAGGGCUAUUGUUUCAGAAAAGGAAAUAUGAAGAUUAAAGUAUCAAAAAUAUAUCGGGUGCUCAGCAGAGGUGAUGUCAAUCGGAUACAGCCACUGACAGAUUCACACUUAGUUGAAAUGACUGCUAAUUCAACUGUACAGCAGGACACAAUAGCAGAAGAAAUAAAAGCCUUUGGAGAGCACUUGAAGCCUAUCACUGUCUUAGAACGGGCAGAGCAGAGAUAGCAAAACUGAACCAAUCAUCAACUAAUUUUGAAGAGCCCAUGUCAUUGCAGUUCUACCGCUGUUGGUCAGCAACAUAAGGAACAAGAAACAAAUAAGAGAAAGCAAAUGAAAGGCUUAUCUCAAUCGCUGCAUAAGGUUCGACCUCUUGAUUUGCCACUAGCAGAGGAUUCUAAACCUUACAACAGACAAUGUUGUAUCUCAUCCCAACAACUCUCGCAAUCUUGCUUUAGCUACAAUAGUUGGGGUGCCUGUGACACCCUAAGGCCUUUUACACUGUUUGUAAAUUUGUGAUAUUGUUCAACUUUUAUUGUCAACAUUUUUUUGUGGAGAAGAAUUAUUUUUUGGACAUGUUUUCGAUGUGCUUAAUUGCUUCUGUUUUUUAUCUGAAUAUCUAAUGAAUGAAUAUCAUAAUUAUGUAGAAAUUAGGACAUCAGGGAGUGCAUAUAAUGUUGUGUAUAUAAUUGUUGUUAAUAACGUUGGAGAACAAACACAUUGUGUAAUUAUUUUAGAGGUACUUGUUUUAAAGCUAAUAACACCAUCAGCUCGACCAUUUUUGUCAUCACUGCCAGAUAACGUCAAACAAGCACAGCAUUUUGAUAGUAAACUUGGUGAAAGUCUAAAGAAACUUUUGUUCAGGUACAACCAACUCUUGCAGUCUCGACAGAAUAGUGUUGGGAAUGAAUGUAAUUAUUUGAUCACUUAGCCAAAUGUCAUAGAGGUAGUUUAUCUGUUGAUCCUAGUUUAUCUUCACAAAUAGUAAUAGUUGCUAGAAAUCGUAACUCCAGCUCAACCAUGAGCUCAAUCAUACACAGGCAAUACACAUGGAAACAGAAAGACUCUUUUCACUUUGCUAUUUUGUAUGAAUGCAUUAUACGGGGGUUUAAUAUAUGCACAACUUUUUUUGCACAGCAAGGGAUAAAUGGAUGUUGUUUUCAGAAACAAAUAAAUUUAGUAAGUGGUCAAACUUACUAGACAUUUGCAGUUGUAAAGAAAGAAUCACAAAACAAUUGUAAACAGAAAACAAUAGAUUUAAAAAAAUAAACAGGAUAGAACGACAGAUUAUAAAGAUGGAUCCACAUACAGGGAUAGCAAAAAAGGAAAUAAAGAAGAAAGAAGGUCCUGGUAAAAAAACUGCAGCAAUUUAAAGAUGAAAUGCAAUGCAAAGGAAAAAAGAAAGGAGAAAACAAAAAGAGAUUGAAAAAUAACAAGAAAAUAGAAAGAAUUUUAAAUGGUAACUGUAAAUGACAUUUGAUAAAGGAGAAAAAAAGGACUGUUUAGAGAAAAGGAACUCUACUACGACAUGCGUUCAGGUAGCUUUUUAUAUGGUGUUUGUGUAAAACCCUUAAUACAUUUAUUCAAUCAAUGGUCAAACAUACAUUUUUUAUACCAAAAACAAUAUCCUUCCUAAAUUUUGUAAAUUUUUUAGAAAAAUAAUUAUUUCUUGCUUUUGAGCAAGAAGAAGACGAGUUCGAGAUUUGAAAAUUUACACAUAAUGCACAUUUGUGCUGAUUGAGUUUGAUAAGGAUUAUUUACAGGGAUGUUGGAUUAGGGGAGGAGGGGAAAACAAAGAAGUUGGUCACUAUAAGGACUGUGGUAUGGAAUUUAAUUAAAAUAAAGACGUUUCUUGAGCUGCGAUUCUGUACUUUUUAAGGAAAUUUUAGGACAAUAGCAAAAACUUAAUAGUAACAUCAAAGGAGCAUUAUACAUUGGGCCCCUUCAAUGAAUGCAUUUUUCUCCAUCUGAAGUGCAGGGCCAAUAUAACAUUCCAAAACGCUGACAAAAUAAUUACUUUGAUUAUAUUAAUAAUAUGUAAUCUUACGAUAUUCGAUUUUUUAUUUGAAAUCACAAAAUUUGAGAAAACAAAAACUAAUAAUUAUCAAAAUGGUUAAAAAUCUAAAAUCAUGCCACCAAUAGAUGCAGUUCACGUCCUGAGUGUGCUAAAACAAGUCAUUAUGCCAGGUACUGUUCAGAUAAGCUAUCUGGAAGAAUCCUGAGGAUAAAUAAGAAUCAUGUACAGUUUUUGAUAAAAAAGUUUCAUAUAGCCAACACAGAACAGAAAGAAGAUUUUAAGGUCCUGUUACAUAGCCAGGUUUUUAGCUGACCAAGGUGAUAAAGAGGGGGAUAUCUGAUGAAUAUAUCAUGCAUAUCUUUUCUGUGUUCUGUAGGGAAGAAAAUUCUUGAAAAUCUGAUCACAAUUGGAAGGCUGCAGGCGAGAGUUCAGUCAUUCAAGAGUUGCAACUGACUAUCCCGAGAUUUCACAAAUCUGGCUGCUACUUGUCAUGAUUUUGCAACAUAACAGUUUGAUUAGCUGUUACUUUGGCCAUGAGUCCCCUUGUCUCAAGUGCCAACAAUCAUAAAAACCUCACUUCUUUAGUCCUUUUAAAAAAUUAAAGUUAAAUUGACUUGCACAAUGACAAAUCAGGAGAGGUGAAUCUGGCUCUUACCCUGGCGAAUCGACAUUAAACAAGGCGAGAGAUUUCACUGACAAGCGUAUUUUCCUGAACUCUUGGAAGAACGUGGUGAAGAAUAUGAUAAAAAAGAAUGCCAUUAGCCAUUCUGAGAAAGUGCUUGUUAAAUGCCAAUUGUAGCCCUGAAAUACAGAAACAAGACAUGUUACUUGUAUCCAAAUGAGCAUUUACUGGGUCAACAGUAUCGCACAACUGAUGAAAAGCAGCUUUUCCAAAUACUCACAAUUGUGAAAGCUCAUUUGGAAAAGGGGCAUUUAAGGACCUUAGGUAAAGGUUGUGGUAAGCAAAUACUGUCUUUGAAAUAAUUUUAACCCUGAAAAAGUUUGCUUGGUUUUUGUUUCAACUUUGCCAUCCAUAGAAAGGCAAUGUGAUUUUCUUUAUAUUGGAAAAUGAUUUCCUAAAUAAACUGUGCCUUACAAAAUUUUGUCAAAUAUGUAACUAGUGAUUUUUUCCUCAUUUAGAGUGCUUUCUGUCUUGCUAGAUUCCUGACUAUGAAGGAACUUUUGGGAAAGUAAACAAUCCAGUCCCCUUUCCUUGAACUCCACGUUUGUUUGAAAAUUUCACUUCUGAAGAAAUAUAUAUUUGUUGAUUUCAUAGGUACACUUCAUAUUACUUUCAUGAAAGGCUAUACUUGAAAAUGACUUUGAAAAAGCAAACAUUUUAUAACAUAUUGGCUAAAAGCUUUUUCGUCUGAAACUCCAGAGCUUAAAACGUCAGAAUAAGGGUCCAAAAAAACAAGAUGGAAAAUCUAUACCCAGUUUUGGAUCGAAAUAGGCCAAUCAGAAAAACGCAAGCACAAGACCGGUAUGGUUGACCAAUCAGUGCUGCGAGCCUAAAGAAAAAUUGCCACUGGAUUCCAAGAGAGAAAAUUGAACUCCUUCUGUCUACACAAUGGUGGCCUUUUCGUUUGUUUGUAGAUCUGUUCCAAAACUGCUAGAUGAAAAGAAAACCGGGCUCUGCAAGUUAUCUGAAACAUGUCGUCAUUAUAGAGUUUUGCACAAUCUGGGUUGUCUAAAAGGUGUUGUCUGAUGGCAGUCACUAGUUUUUACUUUGUUUUAAGACCUACAAGAUCAAGGUCCAGUGUUGUUUCUUAUGUUGGAAGGAACAUGUUGCUUUAUCCUAUCCCCCAAUCAUUGGGUUGUGCGUCCUACCUAGCCACACUCACACUAGUAAUAGGAACGGAGGGUCAUAUGGCAUGUAAAUGCAUAAACAACAGAACUCUUUUGGGUAGUAGGAGCGCAAUCCUUUUGAAUGGAUGGAGGGGCUUUUCUAGCACUGUAUACAAUACGAGGAUUGACAGCAAAGAAACAUUUUGUGAUGGCCUGUUUGAUCUGACUUUCAAAUUGCAAGGAACUGUUACCAAUUAAUUAUAGUUUAAGAAUAACACGAGACUUUUGUGGGCCAAACUUUUGGACAGCCUUACAACUUGCGAUGUUUUCCCUAGUGUAAAUAGAAAUGACAUCUUCUGGAUAGCCGUCUUCCCGGAAGAUCGUUUUACAUAUGUCCAGCUCUGCGUGGAGUUUUGUUCUCAAGCAGAUCAGAAGUGACCUGUGAAGUUUCGACGAGGUUGAUUUUGUCAUUGUUUGGGUCAGAGUAUGUACUGACCUGUAAAAAUGGGCUUGCAAUAUACACUGGCAAGAAAUCCAGUGUUAGACUUUUCAACCAAAACACCCAGAAAUGGCAAGGAAUCAUUUUGAACAUAAACUGAAGGGCUGGAUGUAGGCUAUUAAAGCAUUUUAGAAAAAUAUCACACAGCCUCUGAUUUCAAAGGCAAUAUUAAGUUCCAAGAUAAUUGGUCAACCAAGCAAGAAUUUUUCCCAAUUUAGAAUUCAAUAAUAUGAAAUAUAAUUAAUGUAUUGAGUGGUGGAUUAACCAAUAAAACUGAAUGUGUUAGUAAAGACUUACCGGUAGUUCAUCUGUCCAAUGCAUCUUUGUUGAAUUACCAGUCUUUCCAUUUGCCCACUCUAAGUUUGCAAAGGAAGCUCCAACAAAAACUAGUAAAAACAGUUAUGGAAAAUAUUUUUAUAUCACAUGUAUUAUUUAUGAAUGAAUCUCCUUGGAAACAGAAUUAGCCUCUAAGUACAAAGAGAAAACUUAGCAAAAGGAAAUUGAUGUGAGACUGGGUUAGAAGGUAGAUUGAGGAAAUAAAGUAUUUGUGACAAGACUAUUUGGAUGUUAAUUGGACAGAAACAAACAUUACGGCAUGCAAGGAGGGUUAACAAUUUUCAUUAUAUGAGCAUAGUAAAUAGCCCUGACUCUUGGCGUAUAAAUACAUCAUUAUAGCUGCCUCUGUUUUAUUUACUUCAGAUCUGUUACAUCAAAAAUCUCCAGCCAAGAGACUGUCACAUUUCUUGAUUCUUAAAUUAACUUUUUAUGAAAUUAAAAGCUAUAUGAGUAUUUCUUUAAAAGCAGCCUGUGAGAAAAGGAUACCAAAGAUGAAAAAAACUGUGACAAAGAACGAGAUCAGAAACCGUAAAUAAAUUGUUAAUCUGGAAUUGAGUCCAUUCUCAUAGCUCUUGUAUGUCAGGUAGGAAUGGACCCAGCAAUAUGCAACUCCACAAGCAAAUGUCAUUCCAGCACCAAUGAGAUGGACCGUUAGAAUAUUAGUCUCCUACAAUCAAAGCCAAAAUAAAAUGAUAGAAGAAAAAUAAAACCUUUAUAAGGCUUAUCAGUAAGAAUAAACAAUGUAUGUAUGCAUACCUAUGUUUGGGCCCAUUGGAAACAAUCUAUUUAAGACCCAGCUGCUUUUCUGUUACACCCUAUUAUACACACCCUUUUUAGACUGUUAUGGUGAAUCAGCAUAGACAACUGACCAUUGGUAGAACAGCAAACAAAGAAUAAAGGAAAAAUUGUCUAUAGCUUAUAUAUGCUAUGAUAUAGAUUUUGAGCUACAACUUAAAACGAUCAUGUUCUGUCCACUAAAGCAUGCUUAAUCUAAGUCUAUUUUUAAUGAAUUCUCAAUAGAGAGCAUCAUAAAUGUUACCUGAAAAUUGGCAACAAUACACAAUCCAAAGGCACUGAAGAACCCAACAAAAAGUCCAAUGUCAUUAAGCAAAUGACAGGAUCGAUGGGAUGUGUAAUUUGCAUAGUUUUCAUGCCGUAUGAACAUGCAUAUGAAGG